CUGCGGCCCUGGGCACCCCGGGGAGGGGCAGCAGAGGGGUUGGGGGGCCCCAGCGCUGGCUUUAGGGCCACGGGAUGGAUGUCCCCCCCCGGACUGGGGUGACAAAGCGAAAAGGAGAGGCUGUCCCCUCCCUCCCUGCUCAAGGUUCUGUAUCAUGUCCAGAUAGGCACAGCCAGCAGGACAGCCAUCUCCAGACAGCUGCUCCAAGGGGCUGAGCUCCUCCUCGGGUGGUUCCUUUGCUUUCUCCAGCAGCUGAGCCAAGGGGAAGAGUUUGGGACAGCCCUGCAGUACCUGCAGCAUCCCUGGGGAUGGAUUCCAAAGGCAACGUCCGAAGUGGGAACAAACCCGAUGCCAAGCCAGGCUCUGGAAAAGCAGAAAAGCCCAACCCUGGGCCUGCCACGAAUGCAGAGAAGAAGGAGAUCCCCAAAGAGCAGCCUCCUCCUGCCACCACCACCAGCACCAAGAAGACGAGCGGUGACGCUGCCCUGGUGAACAACCACAGCACCCUGAAACCCAGCCCUGCCACCACGGAGACACAAGAGGCCACCGGCCAGUCCCCUGACUCUGACCACAAGGGAAACAGCUCCGAGGAGUCACCAGGUGGCAUCUUUGACAACAUGAAGCCCUUGCUCAUCGUCGGAGGAGUGGCGGUGGCCGCGCUGGCUGUGGUUGUGGGAGUGGCGAUCCUAGCCCGGAAAAAAUGAAGAUGGAGAUGGGGUGGGGGAUGAUGAGAAACCUGGCCCAGCUGUACAGCUCCUUUUGAGACAAAUGCAUGCAGAAAAAAAAAAAAAAAAUUCUAUACAUAUCUCUCUAUAUAUCUCGAGCGAGCUAGGUAGGUCAGCAGUGCACAGCGACUGCAGCUCCAAGUCUGGUUGAAGACAACUGUGCCAGUGUCACCCUCUGUGGGUAACUCCAUGCACUCAGUGUGUUCUUUCAUGUAAUAUAUCUUGGCUUACACCACUGUGUAUAGGUUACAGCUUCUCCUGAUCGGUGUAAAUGACGGUGUCCCCUCCCCUCCCCUGCUGCCCCCACCUCUCCUGCAGUCCUCUGUCUCCAAGUCCAAAGUGUUCCACGUCCCAUCCGGAGUCCCCGCUUUGUGUUCUGGUUUCUGUUUGGUUUGGUUGUGAAGUUGGGUUGUGGUGAGGAAGAGGUAAGGGGAGAGGGAGCCAAGUGUUCAGCCCCAGUUUGCCUCUUGCUGGGUGUUGGGUGUUUAUCCAGCACCUCCAGGGCAGGAGGGACCCCGGGUGGAUGCAGGCAAAAAGCAGCUCCUGGGCCCAAAGAGCAAAGUGGGAUCUCUGAAAGGUGUUUUGUGUACCUGCUGCUCAUCAGCCUCCUAAAAACCCAACUCCAGAGUGGCCCAGAGGAAAGAGGCUGGAGCUGAGAUGCAGCCUGGGAGGUCCCACCCCAUCACUGCUCUGGCUGAGCUGCCAGUGGUCCCCAAGCUGUGCCCAACGCUGAGGGAGAUCCCUGGUGAAGCCUUCAGGAUGCCAGGGCUCACCCAGAAGUGUUUGGGGACAGAGAGACUUUGUUUUGGAUCUAGUAUUUCCUGAAGUCAGGCUGGGCUUUGCAGGGUGCUGCUGCCUCAGCCCAAACUCCUCGAGGUCAGCUGGACUUUCUGUUUGUUUCUCUGGGUUUGGGAUCAGGCCUCUCACCUGACUUUUAUUUUAUUUUUUUUUUCCCAAUGAAGGCUAUGGUGUCUUGGUACGUGAGAAGGCAGAAAAAGUGGAGACAUGAGCUGGUUUUAGGGGCAGAGAGGCCCUGGGAGCCCAUGAGAAUACAACUGACCUGCUUUAUCCCAGGGAAACCCUGUCCAAGGGCACGGGCAGGCUGCUUGUCCUGGGGGACUUCUUCCCAUGAGAGCAGCAGGGAUUUGUGGCUCCUGCAAGCUUUGGAAUUGGAAACAAAUUCCCAGCCCCUGGGAACAGCCUGGUUUCACUGGUGAGAACCUGGGCUCUAAAGUUCCAUUGGGCUGCUCUCGGGUGCUGUGUUACUGUGAACAAGGCAAAAAAACAGACAAAAACCCAAAAUCUUUCAUUUUGCUUAUAAAUCAGGUCAGAGAUUAGAGGAGGUCAGAACUGCAGAGUCUCUGGUGCUCAGCAGGCUGGGCUUUGGAGUGAUGAUUAGCAAGAGAUUGAGGCAAAAUGGAGUGAAUUCAGUUAAAGAGCCUUAAUAACCCAUCUGUAGCUGAGCCUGGGUGUCCAGAUUCAGCGGGUGCAGGCCAGAGGGAGGUGUGUGUUCCCAAGGGACUGUCUGCUUCUGGCCAGGAGGGUGGCUGUGUAUAACCUGAUCUGGACAUUCUUCUCCUGGCUCAUGUCUGUCUGAUGUAUGUACCCAGAGGGAUUUGGGGGGCAGUGUUUGGUUCACUGUGGUCUUUGGGGUAAGGGGUUCAUCCCCAGGUGAAACCCUGGUGGCUCAAAGCACUCGUUGGACGUGUGGGGAUGUCUCCUGGGAGCAAUUUGUCACAGCCCGGGGAAUUUCUUCGGUUGGAAGCAGAGGGGCCAUGGUGGGGUGUUCCUCUGAGGCCACUUUUGUCUGAUGGAAGUUGGUUUGCAUCUGUUCUGAGGUUGUUUUCAGAGAGGGAGACAGGAGGGCAGGGCGAAGGGGUAGGAAAGGCACUGCUGCUCAGGUUUUAGCAAAGCAAGGUGGUGACUUUGAGGUUGUGAUCUGUGUUUGCAAGUGGGAGUUGUGUCUUCACCAGACACCUCUGCCCAUCCUGCCUCUUCCUUCUCUCUCAGCCCUGAAUAUUUUUUUUUAGCAGCACGUGAUGACAUUGCAGAUCCAGCACCUCUCUGCUCUGCCCUGGCCUGCAGAUAGGUACAGGGGGAGGGAAAGGAAACUCCUGCUUCUUUUAGGUCUCCUGUUUUACAUUUUAAAGUGGUUUUAUUCCCUUGGCUUAACCUUUGGCAACAGAAGGGGUGGGGAAACAGUUCUCAGCCAACCUGGGCCUUAUCCAUUCCUGUCUCCAACCCCCUCCCCUACCCUAAGAGCACUCAGAUGCAGGGCCAAUAAUUUCACCCAGCAAUGCACUGCUGGGGAUGGUGAUGGGGCUGCAGCUCUGGAUAUGGAACCAAACACUCCCCAGGCAUGGAACGGGGGAUGUUCUGUUCCUGAGGGAUGUUCUGCUUGCUAUGAUCCCUUAACAUUGCUGUCUGUCCUCCAGGUUCCCUGCCUGGAACCCCCUCUGGCAGUUCUGGUUGGGGAUCACUGGUGUCUGUGUCUGUGGGUUUGUCCCACUCUGCCUUGAAGAAUAGCCUGCAGGUGUCUGUGCACAGAUGUUUAGCUAUUGCUGCAGGAUGACCCUCCAUUUGUUCCCCUGCAUUCACACAAAGUGUCUGUGAUGUCUUUUUUUUGUGCCAUUCCCAUCACCCCACGCAGCCCCUGAAUUCCUUUUCGGGGCCUGGUUUCUCCUCAGUGAUCUGCUGAGUGUGCAAGGUGCCUGUUGUGCUAGAAGCUGAAGAUGACCCUUUCCCCUCCCCUGGGUAAUCCUGUGGGCUUCUUGCUUUAAAACCAAGCACUUUUAGCCUCCCGUGGUCUGUGUUGUGGCACUUGUUGAAGUGUGGGUCUAGUGUUGGUUUGGGUCAGGCAGAGCAGGCGUAGAUGCCGUGCAAGCUCCAGACAAACUCACUUCAGUCCUGACUUGCAAAUCCCAUCCCCUGAGCAAACACCUCCUGUUCUGCCUUAACGUGCCAGGCUGUGUGGUGGCUUCAUUUGUGAGAGAAAAAAAACCAAACCAAAACCAAAAAAAAGAAAAAUGUCCAGCGAGAACAAGGCUGAGAAGAGCAAAUUCACCUCUCUCAGAACCGAAGCGAGAUUUGAAACCAAAUCUGUGGAAGCUGAAGGCUCCAGUGGCUGAACUCGCUGUGCUAAAUAAAUAGUUGUCUUUUCUUGUACUGA